ACAACCCGAAAGAGCCCUUGCAGUACCCGACCGUGGUCCAAAUGUAUCCGGUAACGGGGGCUGUGUGUAUGACCAGGGCGAUCGCAUACGUAAUGACACCCACCAAGGGCAAGCCAGCGGCGUAAUGCGCGAGCACGAUAAACGCGAGAGGAGAGAACAACCCGAAAGAGCCCUUGCAGUACCCGACCGUGGUCCAAAUGUAUCCGGUAACGGGGGCUGUAGGUAUGGCCAUGACAGCUAUUUCCCACCCAGAGAAGGUGGCAGGUAUGACAAGAACGUACCUUCGCACAGGCACGGUAAGCCCAGAUCGCAUUUCACUGAGAAACAUGAGACCAGUCCCGUAAAAAAAAACAUAGAGGCUUCCUCACCGUGCAAUCCCUACGGAGAGUAUAGGUUUCCUAUCAUCCGUAAAAGUCACAGAAAGAGAUCCUGGAGGUAUUCCGGGCACACGAACACUGGUGAGGCGUUAGGUGACGGUACAGCCGCGACGGUAGAGCUUCUCACAGAUUCUGGUUCUGGCGAUGACACCGUGGGUGUGUAUGACACGUGUGCCUCCAAGGUCGCUGACAAAACUGGAUGCGAUGCAAGUAAGUCACCAGAACAUCCUACCACCCGCACAAAGCGCGCCAGGGCUCAUUACCCAGAACGAGCCGCUGAUACAGAUGAAUGCGUACCUCCCGUAGACAGUCCCCAGGCUACCAGUACAUCCGUGACACGAAACCCUGUCAGCCAUCCUGAUUCUAGUGAUACCAACAAGUGUUCCUGUCCCACGUGUGCCUCCAAGAUCGUUGAGCACACAGUAUCCUAUACAAGUAGGUCACCAGAAUGUGCUACCUCUCGCCCAAAGCGCACCGGGGUUCCUGGCCUGGAACGAACUGCUGAUACCGAUAACUGCUUCUCCGCUGUACACAAAGCACAGGCUACAUAUGAACCCCAGGAGUGUGGGUCCGAUUCCCAGCAUAAAUAUCAAGAUGCAGUGAGCGCUGUUGAGUCUGAACCCAUCUCUAGAGAUCACCAUGACACCGAUACCGUGGAGACCGGGUCCCAGUUCGUAGUGGGAGAUGCGGCCAAAUCCGAUGAGACAGGUUCCCAGGAACCCGAGUCCGGUUCUAUAGCUGUAGAUCCCGAGAACUCGGUGGAGGCCGAGCCCAAGGAGCCCCUACCUACAGUCCCAACUAAGUGUAAAAUAUCUUACACUGUGGCUGCAGCUGAGGAGGCUGUGUCUGCGAAAGCUGUAGCAGAGAUCUUGUGUGAUACAUCAGAGAACAAUGCUACAACGGUGGAUUACAUGUCAUGUGCUAUGUCAGAUGAGAGCAAUCCAGAGGAAAUGGAUGUUGUGCGCCGCAAUCAGUCUGUGCCACAUCUAGAGUCCCAGCGGUCACAAAGGCCUAUACCUGUGCUGCAACAAGUGCCUAUAACCCAAGAGAACCUAGUGGUGCUGGACGUUACACACUCCUCGUCUGCCUCGCUUAAGCAAGCGGAGGUGUCUCGAAACGUAAAUGAUCUUAGUGUGUACACUCCUGUAAAUGCUUUCCAUCAGCAACAGAUAUUGCACCAGCCACCCGGGCAACCCGAAGCAGGUGGUCCCGCCAAAGAAGGCACACCUGAACCGCUCCCAGUGGUCCUGGACCUUACACGUUCAUCGUGUGUUUGGCCUACGCAAAAAGAGGUGUCUCGAAACAUAAAUGCCCUUAGUGUGCACACUCCUGAAACUGCUUUCCAUCCGCAACAGGUAUUGUACCCCCCACUCCUGCAACCCGAAGCUGCUGUUCCCUCCAAAGAAGUAACACCUGAACCGCCCCCAGAACACCCUGAGUCAAUCCAGCUAAUGUUGGCUAUGGUUAAACAACUGAUCUUAUGUUCCAGCUGUAAUAAGACCUUCAACAGGUCCGUAAUCUGUCAGAAGUACCUUAUUCAGCUCAACAAACCCAUUCAAUGUGCAUGCGGAUGUGUAAUCUGCACACUCUGUUACCGUGAGCAACACGGUUGCCACAUGCACAGCAUCUUAUCCACACAAGGUGCUGUAAAUGUAACAGCCAGUACUCUAGCAAGUUGCCCUAGUCUUGAACAUGUAGGAGAUUGGGAUCUCGAACUCAACCCGGAUGACCGUUUCAAGACUGACAGCGAGAUGAACGGAUAUGUGCAGGAGAUCAUGAAUGAAGAGCACGCGCCUGGUGUGGAUAAGCUUCGAAUAGCUUUCAAUCAGCUCAUGAAGGCUAAUGACGGUAUGGCUUUCAAGUACUGGGCAAAUGAGAGUAUGUCAGAAGAGGUUGCAUAUAGAUAUGUAUGCAUCCCUCACAUUCCUGGCUUCUGGGAUCACGUGGUGGUAGGAACACGAGCUCGGCCUAAGAUGGAUAGGAUGAUUGGCCCAGAUAUCUAUUUACCGAGAUUGUUCAAUGUGUUACUGGGCCCCUACACAUUUCACUGGUGCUGUUUUGUAUUGAAGACACAGGUCAUCUUGGCUAUGUGGUGCUCUUCUGUGUGCGUUACAGGGCAGCUAAAGGUAUUACCUCUUGUUGAUAACACUCUGAACAACUUUACCUCAGCCAUAGAGUUUAGAAGGAUGUUAUUCUAUCUCACUAGGUGGUUUAAAGCUCAGUACGGGUCAACUGUAGAGAGGCAGCUCAAGGUAGUAUUGGAUUGCAAACCAUCCGAAGGUUCCAGUUUGGUCCAUGUCAUAGCUAUUUUAGCCUGGAGAUGUGGGAUGGAAUCCGUGACCCUUAAAAACCACUUCUCCCAGCCACGGGCUGACAUUGAUAUGAAUUACAGUAUUAGCUUAGGGAGAGCAAACACAAUUUUGACCUACCCAAAGGAUGAGAGUGCAGCAGGGCCCUAUAUCACAAUAGUUCAGGAGUUUAAGGAUUAUCACAAUGGUGGAGGUGAUUGUAUUGGCCUGCAGCGUAUGUGCACUAGCACAGAGUAUCACAGUUACAUAUAAUCUGUAUAAGAGCUGUGUAUUCUUCCCUACCAUCUGCUGUUACCUGUCACAACUGUUAAGGUUCACGCCUGCUGCACACAAUCAACCGAAGAGCUGUGUAAUGGUGCUAUUAUCUGCUGAUAACAUAGGCUCCUGGGUGAUUGUACACACGUGUCUGUAUUGGGGGAAGAGCCUAUGUAUUUGUUUUACAUAUUAUGCUUGUUACUGUGUACAUCUUGCUAUACCUUUUUUUUGCUCAUUAAACUGUCUCCUGAGAAAGUAUGUAUAUACAUAUAUAUAUAUGGGUGUGAAUAUCAUAUAGCAAAUGGACCUGUGUUGAAUAUUCCACCAGACCGAGCUGCUGUGUAUUUGUCCCUACCAUCUGCUGUUACCUGUCACAACUGUUAAGGUUCACGCCUGCUGCACACAAUCAACCGAAGAGCUGUGUAAUGGUGCUUUAUCUGCUGAUAACAUAGGCUCCUGGGUGAUUGUUCACACGUGUCUGUAUUGGGGGAAGAGCCUAUGUAUUUGUUUUACAUAUUAUGCUUGUUACUGUGUACAUCUUGCUAUACCUUUUUUUUUGCUCAGUAAACUGCCUCCUGAGAAAGUAUAUAUAUAUAUAUGGGUGUGAAUAUCAUAUAGCAAAUGGACCUGUGUUGAAUAUUCCACCAGACCGAGCUCUAAACUAUUUGCUACAUUCAAGCUGUAUAUGCAAUAACUAAAACAUUCCACAAUAGAAUUGUCUGAUCUGGUUUACAGCUAUUAGUGUUGAGUACCCGGUGGUACCCUCCUGUGUUCAGAUGGCUGUAUAUCUAUUUAUAAAAUUAUUACUACUAGGAUAGAGUGACACAAAGUACACAUCUUGCUUUUGGAAACACUGUACUCAAGCAUGUUUACUGUAUAUGUUUUUUUUUUUAAAAAGGAUGCCUCAUCGGCACCAUUCUUAUUAUCACAAUGGUGUAGGUGACUGUAUUGGCCUGCAGCGUGUGUGUGAAGUAUGUUAUGCUAUCAACAAAAAUAAAUAUGAAUAAAGCCUGUGGGCAGGAUAGAA